CGAUCAAAAAGGACUGGUUAUAGCAGCGAUUUGUAUGGCGAUGACAAUGACGCAUCGGAAUUUUUGACAAAUGGCUUACUUAAGAUGACGGCAGCCCACUUGCCUCCAUGGUUUUUCUCAAACGGAACUGCUUCCUGGGGACCUAUGCAGAAUCUAGCGGACACCCUAGCCGAGACCUUAAAUUACAAAUACAGUAUGGAGGCACCCGAAGAUGGCGAGUGGGGCGUGAAAAUACACGAUAAUUGGACUGGGCAGAUUGGAAUGCUUUAUAACAAUAGGACCGAUAUUGCUCUGGGUCCUAUCGCUCUUACAGAACAGCGUUUUGCGGCGGUCGACUUCAGUUCAAUGCUCACAACAGACUACUUAACAAUCCUAUCAGGAUAUCCUACCUACACGCAAGUAAAUGCUUUCGGAUUUCUGAUGGUCUUUAACUGGACGGUUUGGCUAGCCCUGACCAUUACAAUAAUUGGGAUUUCUCUUUUAAGCGUUUACUUUGAGAAAGUGUCUUGCCCCGAGAAUGUCUUUAAGCACUACCUCAGAAGAUUCAGUCACUAUAUAGAGACAUACCUAAAAGCUGUAUUUGCUGAAAGUUCUGUACACCUGCCUCGAACGGAUUCAUUGCGUGUUUUGCUUCAAGUUUGGUGGCUGGGAACGAUUGUACUUAUGACUGCAUAUACUGGUCACAUGAAAGCAACGAUGAUGAUUGAACCCGAUCCAAUUAAAAUAGAGUCAAUGAAACAACUGGCAAAAAAAGAUAUGCCAGUAUUCGUCUGGCGAGGAAGCGCUUACGAGGCAUUACUGAAGACAUCAGACUCAGUCGACUAUUUGAACGUGUACAACUUGGUUAUGAAAUACCAAUCGUCUAAAGAGACAAGAGAACUGUACAGCGAUGCAACGAUGGAUCAGGUAAUCCGCAGUAAAGCGGUAAUUAUGUCAAGCGUUAUUGUGAUGCGUUAUCACGUGGCUCGUACUUGUCUUCGCGCAAUGCCAAUUGGGAAUUAUCAUUUUGCUAUUGAAGGUUUUCUUCCGCAUGAAGUUGCAAUGUGCUUUCAUAGGAACUUACCUCGACAGAUUACUUCGGCGAUCAACAAAAGGAUUCGUUGGAUGGUUGAGCAAGGCCUUAUAAAUCGUUGGCUAUACUCACAGUACGGUGGCCUAGAUGAGUGCAGGGCAAUGACUAAAGCAGGUGAUCCUGUCAGAGCCUUAAAUCUUAAAGCAACUCAACCCAUGUUCUUAGUCUGGCUGUCCGGCUUACUCAUCAGCAUUUUUCUUGUGUUGGUCGAAAGGUGAAGCAAGUGUAACUAUUAUGCCUCUCGCGGUUGUCUACCUUAAAAAAAUAAGGGAACAAUAUUAUGGAUUGGAAGAUUAUAGUCGAAUUGAUAUAGGGCAAAUUGCAGCGGGUCAAUAGAAACAUGCUAUCGAAAUAGAAAGAAGUCUAAAUGUUUGUAUUGUUCUUGUCGAGUAAAGGAACGCAGCUUACAAUUUCCAAAUAGUCAACUGAAUAUGACAUCGGAAAAGUUUUUCAUUACUUAUUAUCAUGGUAAUACAGUUUCAAUUGCGCCUUCGGUUAGAAAUUAACUGGAGGAAAAGAUGUGUGCAUAUUUCUACUACUGACUAAUGCUUUUCCUAACUAUUUUGUCGGG